GACUACCCCAACGGCAAAGAAGCCGACGCAGCAGAGAAGCCAUGCUCCAAAGAAGAGGGUUCCGCCUGCUGCCCAGAUAAAUGGCAGUGCCUGGACAAUGGCAUGUGCUACUAUCCCGCCGACAAAAUCUACGGCCGCUACAGCUGCACCGACAAGGACUGGAAUAGCGACGGAUGCCCUUCGAACCUGUGCACUUACGACAAAAAAGCAUUUGGCGCAGAGAGUUUAACACAAUGCUCCAAUCACGACAACCAG